AUGCAAACAAGAGAGGAUGCAUACGACCACCUGUUGAUGAAGUCGUUUCCCGCUGGCUAUACUUUGUGGUUGCAUCAUGGUGAGAAACCAGGUGAGGAAAGCUCUACUUGCACACCGAUAGUUGAGAACCCUACCCCCGAGGUGAAUCCAUAUAUUCAAAUGGUACACGAUGCAUUUAACUUCACAAUGCCUCCUGGAAGUGAGGAGACCACAACAGCGGAUCCUGUAGAAAACGAUGAUAUAGAGUUGCCGUACUUGGACGAUGGUCCAAGUCGUGAUGCACAGGAUUUUGCCGAUCUUCUUGCGGAUGGAGCGGAGGAGUUAUAUCCCGGCUGCCCGAAAUACUCAAAAUUAUCUUUCCUAGUGAAGCUUUAUCACAUUAAGUGUAUGUGUGGUGUGAGUUACAAGGCUAUGUCGAUGAUUCUGGACUUAUUGCGGGAUGCAUUUGAGCAAGCCAAAUUCCCGUCAACUUUGUAUGAAGCAAAGAAAACUAUCCGAAAGUUAGGGAUUGAGUACAAAAAGGUAGAUGCAUGCCCGAAUGAUUGCAUGUUGUAUCGGGGUGAGGAUGAGAACGUGAUGAAAUGCAAGAAGUGUAGGACUUCACGAUGGAAGCAGAAGACGCGAAAGGGUUCCGUUACGAAACUAAAAAUACCUGUCAGAAAAAAUGGAAAGCCUCUCCCAGCGAAGACUCUCCAUUACUUUCCUCUUAUACCACGACUGCAACGGUUAUUCAUGUGUAGCAAAACUUCAUUUGACAUGUUAUGGCAUAAAAAGGCAGAUAAUAACGAUGGGUACCUAAGGCAUCCAAGGGACGCUGAAGCAUGGAAAGACUUUGAUGCAAAGUAUCCCGACUUUUCCAACGAUGCUCGCAGUGUUCGCUUAGCCUUAGCAAGUGACGGUUUUAAUCCUUUCAGAAAUAUGAGUACCACGUAUUCCAUUUGGCCUGUGAUUCUUAUUCCGUACAAUCUUCCUCCUUGGCUAUGCAUAAAACAGACAUCUUUUAUUCUAUCUAUGAUUAUUCCUGGUCCUGAAAUGCCGGGUAACGACAUUGAUAUUUUUUUGGAGCCCCUGGUGGAUGAGUUGAAGCAACUCUGGGAUGGCGUUGAAACUUAUGAUGCUAAUAAGGGAACCACUUUCAAGAUGCGUGCGGCGCUAAUGUGGACUAUUAGCGAUUUACCAGGGUUGGGAAAUUUAUCUGGGUGGAAACGUACAGGCCAUAAAUAUAGAGUAGACAGGAAAAGAUUUGACGGACAAGUUGAAAGCAGAGAUCCACCGAUGAAGUAUUAUGAAACAGAUGUUUUAAGGCAGCAGUCUAACUUGCAAGUAUCGUUUGGGAAGAACCAAACUCUGACAGCCAAAAGAAGACGCAUUGGUGAAGAUGCAGAUCAAGAUGACUCGGUUUGGAAAAAGUGGAGUGUGUUCUUUGAACUCCCGUACUGGAAGGAUCACAUGCUGCAUCAUAACCUUGACGUGAUGCACAUAGAGAAGAACAUUUGUGACAAUCGGGUCUACACUAUUUUAAACGACAGCGUCAAAUCAAAAGAUAAUCUUAAAGCUCGCAAAGAUUUACAAAGCAUGGGCAUAAGGCCUGAAUUGUGGCCGGACGAAGGUGGUAAAUAUCGUUCAGCAAUCUUCACAAUGUCGAAUCCACAGAAGGAUGUAUUCCUGAAGACUCUACAGAACGUGGUCUUUCCAGAUGGUUACUCAAGCAAUAUUGCUCGUUGUGUUGACAUCCGACAACGCAAGUUGUAUGGGUUGAAGAGUCACGACUGCCACAUUCUAAUGGAACAAUUACUUCCAAUUUUGGUGAAAAAUGCAUUGCCAAGUCCGGUAUCGAAUGUGAUUGCUUCUCUGUCCUCAUUUUUCCUAGAACUCUGUGGAAAAGUUGUAAAUCCUAUGCAGCUUGGUGCCCUUCAGGAUCAUGUUGUGCAAACUCUGUGUCUGAUGGAAAUGAUAUUUCCUCCAUCCUUCUUCAUUGUCAUGGUUCACCUUACGGUGCACCUAGUUGAUGAACUAAAAAUUGGUGGCCCAGUACAUUAUCGGUGGAUGUAUCCAAUAGAAAGGUACUUGGGACGAUUGAAGCAAUACGUACGUAACAGGGCACAAGCUGAAGGCUCAAUUGCGGAGGGCUAUUUAUCCGAGGAGAUUUUGACAUUCUGCUCCAAAUAUUUGGAUAAUACUGAGACUAGAAUCAACCGUCCAGCGCGAGUUGAUGAUCGACCUGUUGAUAUUACAAACAAUACUGGAUGUACUAUGUUCCCUGUUCCAAUGGACAGUACCGUACAUUCGAAAGAAAUGAAGUUACUGGCAUGUGGUCCCAUGCUUCAGGCGAGCCGGUUUGGGGCAUACAACGUCAAUAGGUACAAGUUUAGAACUAUCACAAAGGAAGACGGGCUGAAAACACAAAAUAGUGGAGUUUAUGUCUCAUCCAAUAUAAGAAGUUAUGCCAGCAUGCGUGACAACAGAGUGGCUGUUGGUAGUGUUCCAUAUUAUGGAAAAAUUGUGAACAUCAUCGAAUUGAACUACAGUUGCCAUUUCACAGUGGUUUUGUUCAAAUGUAUUUGGGCUGAUACAACUACGAGAAGAGGAAUGAAAGAAGACCAUCUGGGCCUUACCAGCAUUAAUUUCGCUCGUCCAAUUCACACCGGUGAUCGAGAAGAGGAUGAAUCGUACAUAUUGUCAUCAGAAGCUCAGCUCGUGUACUAUGUACGUGAUGAAGUAGAUCAAGAAUGGAGUGUAGUGGUUCAUGUAAAACACGAGACUUGUAUGAUAUGGGAGGAGAGAAUGAGGAUGUUGAAGCUGCUUUUUCUCCUCAGCCCGGGUUGA